AUGGCCCAGUCUCUACAGUCGUCCUACGCGACGGAACAUCAUGGUUAUACCACACCUCUAGUCUCCCCAGGCACUUUCUUUCCGCCAGAAGAGAAUGACCCAUACGGUUCAGCGCGGGCUGGAACGACAGCAGCAGAUGAUUACGCUACUUCCCCUUUGAGCUCUGCGUCAGCCUAUGGUAGCUAUUUCGGUCGGGAUAGUUCUGCCUUCAGCCGCGGCUCCGACUCGAUAUCUAUCAUGUCAACAUCCAGCGACAGCAUAUGCAGCUUUGGUUCCAUGCAUUCUGCAAAUCCCUCCAUUCAUGGCCGUAUGAACUUUGUACCCAGAAGCUUUGGCGAACAGCAGGGGGCCAUGCGCCCCUCUGUCCCACAGCUUCACAUGUACAAUACCUCGCUCAGAGCGAGAGCAGGAUCACUGAAUCUGCCUAUGCGCAGUACUAUCCCUUGCCAUACUCCGCCAUUGGAGUACACAGACACAAACUCCUCCACGGGCAUCAAUAAUGCAUAUGGCAGUCGAUCUCUGGAUGCGUCUACUCGGAGAGAUCCAUUUGGCCUAGGUAAGAAAAAACCAUGA